AACACAUGUGUGAACAAGUAUUAAGAACAGUGUAUGGAAAAAGUGAUGUGAUGAUGUGGGAUGUGUGUUAGAACAAAACAAAGUCAAAUGAAUGAGAAGGAGAACAAAGAGGGUUAGGGUUAAACAGAAAAAGAUUAAUUCAGCCAAAAAACACAAUUAGAUUAAUCUAAAGUGUAAAACAAUCUUCAACACAGACCAAAUGAGUGCCCUUGGACAACAAAACAUAUGGUGGGGCAACGAUAAAUAAAAUUGAGACAGAGUGGGAGACUGAAAAUGAUUACUAUGAUACAUAUUCAAACUAUUUACAAAACUAUUUACAGAAGCUCCUGUUGAACCAUGGAUUUUACAAAUAUUUACAAACAACUAUUUACAAAAAAGCAACUAUUUACAAAAAAGCAAUACUAUUUACAAAAAAGCAAUACAGAGCUCUCGGGCAUCCAGGAGCCUAACCAUUUUGAAAAAAACAAAAAGGUUCCUUUGUGAAAGGGACAUCCUCUUCAUCUGUUUCCUGGGCCCUAAAAAGCAGAGCAAGAAUAGGAACAGUGGUGAAUAAGGGGAGAGAAUACAGUUGGGAGCAGACUGAACAGAGGACAUAGCAAUAUUCAUGUUAAAAUGUUUGCACUACAAAUAUUAUGGCACUUUCGUUUAUAUUGCAUUUUAAUAGAUCAGUUGUCAUACCAUGGUUGGAUGUGCAGCAUUUGGAUGCUCUAAUCGAUCCGAGAAGGGGUUCCAGAUGUAUGGCUUCCCUAAGGACAUAGAGCGAAGGAAGAGAUGGAUGGCAAUGGUCAACAGACAAAACCUGUGUCUGACAACAACAGCAGAAAACUCUGUCAUGUACACUUUGAAGACGACCAAUAUAUUGACAACAAAUCAGGAGGAAAUUUGAGGUUGAGGCCAGAUGCUGUUCCAACAGUAUUUAUACAUCGGCCUAAGCCGAAAAGGAGGAAAUCCACAUCAAGGAGUAUGCCUCCAGCUGUUAAUGUCAGGAAUGAUGACCACACCUAUUAUGGCACAUCAAACAUUGAACGUGGAGCAGCUGUUCCGUGUGAGGACGAGCGAUUCCCUCAUGGAGUCCUCAAAUGCAGUGUCACAGCUGGAACAAGAAGCCAUGUUGCUGGACAGUAACCUUCCCUCAUGCCAUGACCUGAAGAAAGAAAUCCUCUCAACAUACAUCAGGCUGAGGUUAAGGAUUGCAUCAAAGUGCAUCAGGGCUGAGAGGAAGGAUAAACAUAAAGGGUAUCUUGGCAGCAAGAGUCAGAGUAAGAAGGCAAAGAAGACCCAACAGACCUCUGCACCGAAGGUCAUAACAUCUAGGCCACUGCCAAACACCUUACUCGUUGCCAGCGAUGUACUUGGCAUCUCCAUUCCCGGUCCACCGUCAGCAGCCUCCAGCCUCCUCUUCUUUCAGCAGUCAUCACCUGCAGCCGUUGCCAGCAGCACCCUCCAGCAGCAGCACCCUCCAGCAGCAGCACCCUCCUUCAGCAGCAGCACCCUCCUUCAGCAGCAGCACCCUCCUUCAGCAGCAGCAGCCUCCGCCAGCAGCAGCAGCAACAGCCAUGGCUGACAUAUGAGGCUGAAUAAAAAAAAGUGCUAUUUUUAAAAAGUGUUUAUUUUGUUAAAAAUAAACAUUUUGGAUGCAG